AUUUGAAUCGAUUCACUCGGCUCCGGUUCAAGAGUCGUUUGAAAGGAACCGAUUCGUUGCGAGUCAUUCUACUGACUCACAUGGAGCCAAGUUAGAAUGGGUGCAUGUCGGGGUUGUCUCACUUUCGUGAGCUAAGAAACUAUGAAAAAAGACUAUUUGUGUAGCUGCCUUUGGAGUGCAGAAGACUUUUCCUAAACAAACUGAGAUGAAGAAGGACAUUGACACAUUAAUAGCUGAAGAACGAGCUGAGAUCAUCUCAAAAUAUGACAAGGGCAGAGCAGAGGGCGUUCACAUUAACUCUUGGGAAGAUGCCCACUACAGCAUCUACAAGGUCAUGGACCGCUUUGGCUUCCUGCAUGAGGAGGAGUUACCCACACCGAGUGCAGUGGAGGAGAAGCAUAAAAUUCAGGAGAUGGAAAGGGUGGCGAAAUGGCUUAAGAUGGUGAGAAACUGGAACAGGUACCAUAACAGUGAGAAGAUGAUAAAGCGUGUUUAUAAGGGGAUUCCCCUGCAGCUGCGUGGCCAGGCCUGGGCUCUCCUCCUGGAACUGGAGAAGGUGAAACAGCAAAAUGAGGGGAAAUAUGAGAAAAUGAAGGAACAAGCCAGGAACUUCUCGACAGAAAUCAAACAGAUUGACCUGGAUGUCAACAGGACUUUUAGGAAUCAUGUGAUGUUCAUGGACCGCUUUGGAGUCAAACAGCAAGCCCUGUUCCAUGUGCUGGCAGCAUACUCUGUCUACAACACGGAGGUGAGCUACUGCCAGGGCAUGAGCCAGAUCGCAGCCAUUUUGCUGAUGUUCCUGAAUGAGGAGGAAGCAUUCUGGGCCUUGUCUCAGCUUCUCACCAACCAGAAGCAUGCUAUGCAUGGAUUCUUCAUCCCUGGCUUCCCCAAACUGCAACGCUUCCAGGCUCAUCAUGACCAGAUCCUUGCUAAACUCCUUCCAAAACUCAAGAGGCACUUGGAUAAGGAGCAGAUGACUACUGGUAUAUACACAACUAAAUGGUUCCUGCAGUGUUUUAUCGACAGGACACCGUUCACGUUGACGCUGCGUCUCUGGGACAUUUACAUACUUGAAGGAGAGAAGAUUUUGCCUGCCAUGGCCUACACAGCUCUUAGAAUCCAUAAAAAGCGUCUGUUGAAGAUGCCUUUAGAGGAUCUGCGAGAGUUUCUGCAGGAGAGCAUCUCCUCCUCAUUCCAGCUGGGUGACGACGCUGUUAUCGAGCAGCUGCAGGCCGCCAUGUCUGAGCUCCGAAAAAUGAAGCUGGAUCUUCCUCCUGCACCUAAAGGUGAUGAGCUACCAAAGAAGCCUCUGGGUGUCGAGCGUCCGGUUGUGCUAACCCCUAUAAUCUCUGUUCAGCUAGCCAAAGAUGCUGACCGACAGCCAGCUCAUCCUCACACACACAACCCCAUCACACAGAAGCAGCCCCCCCCUGUGCCUUCAACCAAACCAGUAUCCCCGUAUAUCCAGGCACAGUGUCCAAAACUCCAAAUAUCCUCUUCACAGUCUGAGACGGAAACCUCAGAGACUGGUGCUGCAGAGGAGAGGCUGGUUUCCUCUUCUGCACGCAAUUCUCUGUCGCCGGAGCGUUUCCACGCAUACUCUGGUGAAUGGCCUCCUCCAUACCUGCCUUCUGAGUCUGAUGGAAACAGCGUGGACUCUUUGAAUCUCCCUGAACUGCCCCCACCUCCUCUACCCUGCCUCGACCCAGAGUCUGGGGUUGACCUUUCACCCUCAGGGGACUCGCUCCCACCACCAACUCAACUGGACCUCAUCCAGGAGGAUCUGUCUACAUCACCAUCCUCUUACAGAGCGCAGCGACAGUUUGGCAAGUUCCCUGUCAAUUUUUACAUCCCGACAUCCCCGAGCGCUCGACGGCCCUCUGAACGCUCUCAUUAUGACAAUCUGUCUGAAGAAGAGCAGUCUGGAGAGAAGAUUCCAGAAAGCGAGGCAAACCAGGACAACUCGGGCCUCUCUUCUUCUCAGCCCUGGCCUUCUCCACCGAGCUGCUUUUAUAUUCCUGACUCAGCUCCAGUUCCACCGCUAAAACCUGCCACGGAACACCUUGACGGUCGUGGCUGCGUGGUGUCAAACUGCACUUUCCUUCAGCCCCCACCCGACUUUGCACCGUCAGUCGCUGUUCCCUCUCCCCUGCUCUCUUACAAAACCGUCCAGGCUGCACAGAACCAGAACAACACCUACAGGAAUCAACUGCAGGGUCCUAGACUGCCAGUAAAACCUGCAGCACUUUCCUCUGGACCCACACCGGUAUGUUCUGACUUUAACAGGAUGCGUGUCCCAAAUCACCAACCGCCAAAGCCAGUGACCUUCUAGCACAGGAAACUGUGUACUCUCCUUUUGUGCCAUUGCAAUUAAAAAAAAAAAAAAAAAAGGCCAUGUUUUGUCGAUGAUGGUUAGGAUUUUCCCAGUGUUAAGCCCCUUUUUAAAUGCUUACAUCUUUGAGACUCAUUUUGUGUUUAGUGAUAUCUAAUGUAGCAUAUUUUGCUUCAUCGGUGGAGCUCAUGGCGUGUGUGUACACACGCACAUGUUGGUUAGAAGCAGCAGUUAUAUUUUUGUUUUUCUACUUUUUUUUUAAACAACUAGUAAGCCAGUUAUCAGUAUUACAACUCCUGAUUUGUUUACAAUGCAAGGUAAAUUUAGAUUUUAUUGAGUGCCAUUAUUUUGUGUAUAGUGAGUGUAUAUACGGUAAUACUUUCAGAAUAAUUUGCAGCACACAGUUUUGAAAAGAGAAAAAAAGUUUCUCCCUAUAAACGGCUUACAAAUUGAAGUGUUUAUUGAAAUAUUUUGCAUGCGUGUACCGUGAUUUUUGUGUUCUUUGUUUCACGUAAAGUGUAAAACACGCCUUUAAUAUUUUUACAAUAAGUGUGAACAUUUCCAAAAAAGCUGUAUCAGCAGGGCUAUUGUGAGAAUCUGAGCUUUGAGGUUCCUCCGUGGUGUUUUGUAAUGCUCAUGACUGGAGACGACCUGCGCUUCUGUGGCGGAGCCUGAAUUUUCACAGGGAGUUUUUGCAUAUGACUGAUCACUAGUGCCAUCAUGUGGAAGACUCACUAUGGUCUUCAAAGAAGCCAGUCUGUCUUUGAAUUCAUUGCUCCACUGUACUUUAAACACUUUCUUUAACAUUACUAAUCUCAAUCCUGGAGUCAGUUACACCGGCCUGAUUUCUGCAGAUAAUAACAGAAGGAUUAUAUCGUAUCUUUGUCUAUACAAGUAUGUUUCAGAGAAUCGUCUUCUUAUUUGAUGACAAAAGGAAUGCCCUGAUGUGGUAUUUCUUUUGCAGGGUUUAUUUUUGUUACAUGAUUGUUCAGAAUUAUUUAAGACUGUUCAGGUUUUGUGUUCCUCUGAUGUAAAUACUUUCAUGGCAAACCGAAGAUGGUCUUGCUUGUGAUGCCAUGCAGACAGUAAAUGAUAUUAUGAAAAGCUUAA